UGUCCAAUCAAUUUAGACUACUGGUUUCCUGACCGUACUCUGUUCUUGUCCAUCGAUCUAGUGUUGAAAGACUGUUCUUUCCAAAUUUUGCAAUCCGUGACAGAUGAGCUUUCGUUGGGUUUGAUUUUGGCGUUCAAGAGGGAUACUCCGUGCGAUUUAGACAAGUCUCAUUUACAGCCAAAACUUGUGGCAAAGUACGCAGGGCCCUCUUACCUGGUCAGUGGUAGGUUAAAUAUGGCAAGUGGGGCAACCAAACUGGCGUACUAUCGUCAUUGCACUGAUUGGCUGCAAACGGGCACCACAGUCAACCUGGACCCGGCCUGUUCAGAGGCCACUUCUCGAUUAGCCUUUCGCAUAAUUUCGGAUACGUCCGUGUUCAGGGCCGCUAUCGACACGAAAGGCAUUGUCAGCAGCUUAUGGGAAAAGCGGCUGCGGGAGAAUCGGCUGACCGUGUCGUUGAGCUCGUUCCUCAAUCACUCGGUGGAUAACUAUGGAGUGGGCAUCGGGCUGUCGUUCGAGUAA